UGCGCGCAGCGCCCAGCCCGCCUCCGGCCCCGCGCGGCUCCGUGGCGCCCGGCAGCCCGGCCCUCCCGCCUGCGAGGCAGCCCGUCACGUGUCAGUAUCCGAGGUCGAGAUCCAGAGAAAAACGCGCUUCAUUCCUCCCACCGCCAUACUGUAUUUUAUACCAAAUCUCAUUUUUAUUCCAACAUUUUACUCCCGCUCGGAUUAAAACACGGUGACCCAACCAUGACUGGCAAAACACAGACCAGCAACGUCACCAAUAAGAAUGACCCCAAGUCCAUCAACUCCCGGGUUUUCAUCGGCAAUCUGAACACAGCCAUUGUCAAGAAAGUUGACAUUGAAGCCAUUUUUUCCAAGUAUGGGAAGAUCGUUGGAUGCUCAGUUCACAAAGGUUACGCAUUCGUGCAGUACAUGAGUGAGCGGCACGCGAGAGCGGCGGUGGCCGGAGAAAACGCCAGGAUCAUCGCAGGCCAGCCCCUCGAUAUCAACAUGGCCGGGGAACCCAAACCCUACAGACCAAAACCCGGGAACAAGAGGCCCCUCUCUGCUCUGUACAGGCUUGAGUCAAAGGAGCCUUUCCUAUCUGUUGGUGGUUACGUCUUCGACUAUGAUUACUACAGAGAUGAUUUCUAUAAUCGACUUCCUGUCCUUCCUGUCCCUUUUCCCCUUCCAGUGAAAUCGGAUGAGUUACAGACAAUCAAGAAAGAAUUAACGCAGAUCAAAACUAAAAUCGACUCCUUGCUGGGGCGCCUGGAGAAGAUUGAGAAGCAGCAGAAGGCAGAGGCGGAAGCUCAGAAAAAGCAAUUGGAAGAGAGUAUAGAGCUGAUCCAAGAGGAAUGUGUGUCGGAGAACGCAGACCACUCUCCUGAGGAGCCUGCAGAAGGAGGGCCCGACGCAGAUGGCGAGGAGAUGACCGACGGUGUAGAGGAGGACUUCGAGGAAGAUGGGGGCCACGCGCUGUUUCUACAGAUAAAGUGAUCUGAAUGAAUGAAUGAAGCCACGAAGCAGAAAGAGGCGUUCUGACAACCCCAGAGAUGUCAGAGGAGAUUCCUUACUGGAGAGCAACAUCUUUGGUUCAAUUUACAUAAAAACCCAAAUAAAUAAAAUGGACAGUAUUGUUCAGUCUUAGAAAUUCCAUUUCUUCUAUGUUCUGAGCUGUAUAAUUGUCAGAUUUUUAUGGUUUAGAUUGUAAAUGUGUGUUUCCCUUUGCUAAUUAUGUUUGGGUUGUUGUUGUUGUUUGUCUUAAAAAUCUUAAAAUGUGAAGGAUAUUAUGAAUGGGGAGGGAGACACUAUAUACAAAUGUAUAUUUGUAAAAGCUAUUUUUAUGAUUAGCAUGUUUCACCAUUGAUCAUAUAUAAAGUCGGGUGAUAUUGCAAUUCUAUGUUUAAAGCUUAUUCCCAACAAUGUUAUGUAAGAAAAGAUACAUCAUAUGCUAGUUUUUGUAAUUUAUUUUUAAUUUAUAGUUUAAAGUACUUCAGAUCAUAAGGAUAAAAUACUUGAAAAGGUUAUAUUUCUGCCCUAUAUGCGCACCAUUUUUACUCAUAAGGAAUGCAACUAUUUCAGAUGUGAGGCAAGAGCUAAAGGUGUCGGCGUGACCUGUGGUUGAGUUCAGCGUCCCUCUCCUCUCCUGGAUGGGAUGACCCUGCUCUCACCCAACCCACAGUCAGGGGCGGGAGAGCCCGGGGCAGGUGUCAGUGUGAGUGCAGGUGAGAAUGCGGAGGGAUGGUCUCGUCUUGGACCCACGCGUGUACCUGAGUGCCAGCAUCGUCCAUCUCCUGCAACCAGGAGCCCCCCCCCCCCCCACCCGAGCAUCGCCAGUGUUCUCCGAAGCGAGCUGCCACCUUGUGCUGUGGAAAUGGAAGAGCCCAACCUCACAGCCUGGGAGAGUUCAGCACAUAAUUUCUUAAUAAAUUCUGUUUCUUUUCAAACAAAA